AUGCCUUCCCCAACAAGUAAUCCUGGACAUCUAGAGGUUGACAAGAGGUCGGUACUCGUAGUCGAGUAUGCGCAAGGUCAGACGGAAGGACCGACGCCUGCGUUAAGCCUGGAGCAGCAGAAGAGAUUAUGGCGGAAGAUCGACGUGAAAAUUAUGCCCAUCCUCACAGUCAUGUACCUGUUCUCGUUCAUGGACAGAGGAAACAUCGUCCUAAAGAAAAUCCGGCCGUCAAGGUGGCUACCAGGAAUCACUCUUCUCUGGGGGACAAUCAUCGCUUUAAUGGGUCUCGUAAAAACGUACCCUCAACUAGUCGGUACUCGCAUUUUGCUUGGUGUGACAGAGGCAGGCCUGUUCCCUGGUGCCAUCUAUUACAUGACGCUCUGGUACCCUCGCCACAUGCUACAAGUCCGCAUUGGUGUUUUUUAUGGCGGUGCGUCACUCGCAGGCGCCUUUUCUGGUCUUUUAGCUUAUGCAAUCUCCUUCAUGUCGGGAACGGCAGGGUUUCUGGGCUGGUCAUGGAUUUUUAUCAUUGAAGGAAUAGCGACAGUCGUGAUCGGAUUGGUUUCAUUCUUCAGUUGGUCAUUCUCGGUUCUGCGUCUUGAGGCGAAACUCAUCAUAAAUUCUCUACCAGUACUGGUGGACUUCCCAGAUACUGCUACUUUUCUCACUCCAGAGGAGCGAGCUUACGUGCUAUGGACGAAGAGUAAGCUCCAUGAUUGCUCUGUCAUCACGAUCCAUGCAGACUUUUUGGCGCUGCUAGAGUACGACAAUUCGUCGGUCGGAGAAGAGGAACAUUUCGAAAUCAGACAUUUAAUUUCUGCGUUCACAGACUGGCAGAUAUGGCUACAGAUUUUAAAUUAUUUUUCCAUUGUCACACCACUCUACGGAAUAACGAUCUUCUUACCGACAAUCAUAAAUGAUUUUGGAUACGAUACAGCUAUAAGCCAGCUGCUAACAGUUCCACCCUAUGUUUUUGCCAUGAUUUUCGCAGUAUGGUCCGACCACAACAAGGAACGAUCCCCGUUUAUCCUUUACGGAUUGCUUAUGUGUCAAAUUGGCUUCAUCAUCAACAUAACUAACGCACCAAAUGGAGCCAAAUAUUUCGGGACCUUCCUCUGCGUUGCAGGAUCCUACGGUGCCUUGCCCGGAGUCAUAGCUUGGCUUGGAAAUAAUCUUUCAGGUCAGUACAAACGUGCUGUGGGAAUGGCCCUCCAGAUUGGUAUCGGAAACUUUGGCACGGCAAUUGCCUGUAAUGUAUAUCUCUCAAAAGACGCACCGCGAUAUGAAAUGGGGCAUGGCAUUGUCCUCAUGUUCAUCGCCAUCGGGUGGAUAACUGUUCCCAUUACCAGAUUCAUCUAUGCUAGAAUUAACGCACGAAGAGACGUCUUGGUGCGUGAAUUGCACGAAAAAGCCCUUACGUGUACCGAUGAUGAACUGCGGAGGAUGGGUGAUCUCUUUAAUCUCGAGUCCCAAUACGAAUUGCCAAUGCCACAGCUCUGGCAACCUGUGGUCGGGAGUCGGUCCGAUGUCGCUAACAUCUCGAAUAGAAUGUGUGCCACUCAGGUCGUGUUGGAGUUCGAUGGUUGGAACCGGGACGCGGGUCGAUUGGACGUGGGGAUAAUCGCAUGA